ACCUCUCGAGUCUGACUCCGCACCCCGUCCGCGUCCGACGUCCGGCGCUCGUCCUCCCGGCUCUCCCUCCCUGCCCGCCGCGGCGCCGCCCCUUCUCCUCCUUGGCUUCUCUUGAUCUUCUCCCCAAGCGGCCAAGCCACCUCCUGCCGGCUGCCCUCCUCCGUGUCCCUGCCGGCGGCCACGGCCAGCAGCACUCAGCAGGCGCUCCGCGCCCCGCGCCCAGGCCGGCAGACCGCCCCCGCGAGCCGCGGUCCCGCCCGGCCGCCCUCCUCGCAGUCUCUCGUCCACGUCUAGUAGGCAGCACCGCGGCAGGCAGCCAGGCCUGAGACGCCCAGGCUCCUGCUCCCGACUCGCCGGCUGCACUCCCCCUGCUCCUGGCUCCUGCAGUCCUGCAUCUGUCAUCUGUGCUGCUUCUGCACAUCUCGGCAACUUGAGAGACAAGCAGGGUUGCAUCCCGGCAUCCCGCAAUGUCAGCUCCCAACAGUGAUAGCAACAUGCAGCAGCUAGUCCCUAUAGCACCACCAGGAAAGGCUUCUGGUGCUGACAGUGGGAAGGAGCUGGUUGUGGCGGAUCCUGGAGGUAAGAGUUCAGGAGGUGUAAAACUGCGAGAGGACGAGGAGGACCUGGAGGUGAAGCUCAGGCGCAUCAUGGAGAAUGUCCCUGUGCGUGUCAGUAACACAUCAGGGUCCUCUGCUGGCUCUGGCUCUGGUGAUUUCCACCAGUAUCGGCAAAUGCGGAGGAGAGAGCAGGACCGGCUAGCUCGAAUGGAUGCUGACUACCAGAAGAGAAAAGAGAUGGCUGAGUUUGAACUGCGGAGGGAGGAGAGGAUCAAAGCUGCUGAGGAGCGGACAGCCAAGAAGCGCCUGAAACGGCAAAAGAAGAAGCAGCGUAAGAAAGAGAAGCGAGCUAAAACUGGUAAUAAUGGUGGUGAAGAUCCUAACAGAGUGGAUUCGUCUGAUGAUGAUGAAGGUUCAGAUGACGAUGACAAGUCCAAGCAAUGACACGCCAAUUUGCAUCUGAAGAUGAUUUCUCACUCUGGUUGUCUGGGCAAUGAACUAACGCCUGUAUGGCAGUUGUAACAGGCUGAAUCUGGUGCUGUAUCUGUAAGAAGUUGUCAUUUUGAGCAGAGAUGGAGAGCACUAGAUAAUUUUCUGUUAGUGUUCAUCAUUUAGAGAAUUGCCCUGCGUCAUUACCUUUUGUUCAGCUCUAUAUAUUCUUCUCUCA